AUGGCUCCAGAGUUUCACAUUCAAGUCGACGACCUGCCCUUUCCAUUCAAAGACUGUAUUGAAGGCAAUGUCCCCAUUUUCGCACCUCAGUCAGAAUAUCUUGCCAGUCUUCAGCCUAUUCGCAAAAGCAUUUACGAGCAACUUCUAGAACAGCAAUGGACAGAGGAAGAAUGCUACGAUUAUUUUACCUUCAUUGAAAAAUACAUGGGAUUUGAGAGCGUAUGGCUCCGUCACAAGGGCUGGAAAGAGCAGAAAAUCCAGGACUGGAGUGAAGCGUGUGCACACAAGGAACUCUACUUUCUGCCGGGUUUAAAACAGGAUGAUCUGUAUCAACAGCUCUCACAAAUGGCCGGUGCGGCCCAACGAUGUAUUGCAUCCCGUGAAUUACUCAAGAGUGAAUCAGUCGCGAAGCUUUAA